AUGACCCAAAGACUCAACCCCAGUGGUUUCCAGACAGGAACCUUUACACUCUCCGGGGAAGGCGAAUUUAUCCGUCCAGCACCUCCAACUGGGGACCAUCAGCACGGACCCCCACCACCUAACUCGGGGGAUGGAGGCUAUACCAGCGUGGUCCCUCUCCCGCUGUAUACAGCUCGUCCAUUGAGUCUCCACGAGAAGACUCUAGAAGCCCACAUGCGUGACCCCUCUAUUUCCUCCGAGUCUCAGAACUCCUACCCCAAUGACGAAAAGAACGCCAAUCGUUGCGACGAAGAUCUCACCUCCGAUAGUUCAUCGGCCAUUUCCUUUCCCAGCAGCUACGGCAAUACUUCCACUGCAACGAGGGAUACCCCACCACCACCAUACUCCCCUCGUCACUCAGCCAUGCUGAGUCGCUCGCGGACCAUGUCCGUAUCGUCCGCUAUGGCGGUCAUAAUUAAUCCGCCUCUCGCUGCCCGCAUGAACAAUUCGCGGACGGGACAUACAUACUCUGAGGAAGAUAACCGGUCCAUUCGUCGUCAUCGGCGGGUCUCCUGGGAGAGCCGGUGA